AUGGAAGAGGGUGAGUGCACACUGGAACACCGGCACGGGGAUCCGUCCUGGGUGGUCUUUUAUCCAGAUCGGAAGAGCCGGGUGGCAGGUGCCAAGGAGGAAGCUCUAGCGCGACACCUGUUGACCGUCUGCCGCGAAAGUGGCAGCCGCGAUAAUGCAGAGCUGAAGAGGAUCUGCAAGGCGAAGAGGCGAGACUGGAAGGCUUCAGCGUUGAGCAUUUAUCGCGGUGCCAAGGUCAAGAACAAGAAUGAUGCCUCCCGUCGUUUCCAGGAUCAGCGGCCCUCCGCCUCACCGCUGCCGUGGACCACGGUGGCUGCAGCUAAGAUGGUCAGGUUGCAGCAAGUGACCGGUCAUGGAUGGGCAUGCGCUGGGUUCACCUCCUCUCGGACAGUCGAUCCGUUGGGCGUGCUGCUCGCGGAAGUCAGCACCGUCAAGCAGUCCUGGGAGCCAGAAAAACUGGUGGUUCGGCUGAGCGACAGUACGAUCAAAGCCAUGACUCGCGCCCCAAGUCUGCUGCCCGUCGGCGCCGCAUCGGACGAGCCCGCCGCCCCGAAAGCUUUCGCAAUCGGAGAUUUCGCUCGUUCCGCGGCAGGGCUCAAGAAUCUCGAUAAGUUACUCCAGGAUUUGCCAGCGCAGUACAGAGCCAAGGGAGUGACCUUCCCAGAUCCAGUGCAGCACGGAGGCAAGUCCUACACGUGGUCUCACAUCGUACUCAGGGCUCCGAGCUACUUCCAGGUGGUUUUGCCAGGCGUCAACCGUGCAGACUGGGGGAAAGGUGUGCAUGCGAAGAUGCUGCAGCUCCAGGAGAACCUGGAACAGGUCGGUAAAUUCUGCAAGGCAGUAGACGAGCUUGCACAGACGGAUGUCGAUUGGCUUCGGCUGGCUCCGCAAAGCCUCAGCUUCGAUUCCCGCUUCGAUGUCGAUGAGGACAACGUCCUCGGGACGGGCAAGUUCUCGACCGUGUACAUGUGCACGUAUCGAGAUAAUCCUGACCAGCGCUAUGCUCUGAAGGCGAUUUCAACUUACACCGGUGACAAGGCCUCCUAUAGCCGCAUCGAGGAGGAGAUCGCCAUCAUGAAGGCCAUCAACCAGCACGCCAGCAUCAUCCGACUCAUCGACAUGGACGAGUCCACCCCCAACACCAUCCGAUUGGUCUUGGAGCUUUGCGAAGGCGGCGAGUUGUACGAUCGCAUUCAGCAGAAGCGCUUCUACUCAGAAGCGGAUACCAAACUGCUGGUGAAGAAUCUCUUAGAGGCAGUGGAGUUUAUCCACAGCAAGGGCAUCAUGCACCGGGAUCUGAAGCCUGAGAACAUCCUCCUGGUCAGCAAGGUCAGCAACACAGACAUCAAAGUCUCGGAUUUCGGACUCGCGAAGCUUUCUCGGGAUUUUCCGCGCCGGCUCCCUCGGUCGACCUCAAUCUGUGGCUCUGAUUUCUACCUUGCACCCGAGGUCAUCAAGCAGGAGGAGUAUGGCCGCGAAAUAGACAUCUGGGCGGUGGGGGUGAUCACGUUCGUGGUCCUCAGUGGCGCGCUGCCCUUCUUCAACCCAGUGCUUCACAAGUUGUAUCGGCAGAUUGUUGAAAGGGACGUCAGCUUCGCCGACGAUCGAUGGAGAGCAGUAUCUGCUGGUGCUCAGGCUUGCGCUGGCUGCAUCUGCUUUGUCUUGAAACUGGAUGCUGAUCCUACGACUGGAGCAGCACUGCUACAAGUAAGGCAUGGCUUGGUGGUUUUUGUCAUGAAUCCCAGAACCACUGCAAGGAAUGUAUGA